GGUAAUUCCCCACAACAUACACAUACAACAUUUAAAGUUCUACACGUAUGCGUUGUUGCAGCACAUUUGGUCCCUACCUGAGAAGAUUAAACCGUGCUACUACAUUUGUAGCCCAGGAAGCGUCUGAGGUCCAACCAGGCAACAUCUAAGCUUGUAACCUUUCUCUAUAUAUACCCUACCUGUUGCCUGUAUGGUAGCGCUUGGGCAGUGCCUCAGCUUCGCACACGAGUUACCUUCCAACUAACCAGGGAAUAGGACUUGAUUGGGAAAGACGUUAUUGGAAGGGUCAUAUUGAAGAGCUGCCUCUCGUCUAUGUGGGAGCGGGUCUCCACGAGCCGCGGUCCGGCCUGAGGCGGCGUUAACCGUCGCGCUUAAAGCGGAGCAAGACGUUGAUGUGGCGUGGCGGACUAGGCGAUAGCAUGGAUUUCGCAACGUCCAGCCAUCGGCGCCGUUGGCUCUAUACUCGCGCUAGCUUGGAUGAGGAGCGGCGGCGGCUGCAGCAGCGGCUGGUGGAGGGGGUGCGCAAGCAGCGAGCAGCCGCGGACCCGGGGCAGCCGGAGGCGGGCAGCGCGACAAAACGACCCAGGGAGCCCUCCCCGGUGGACCCGGUGGGUGAGCUGCUGAUGCUCAAGUACUACCAGCAGAUCAUCCAGGAGAAGUGCCGGGAGAUGCGGCUGCCGCUCAAGGUCAUGUCCACCGCGUUGCAGUACCACAAGCGCUUCUUCCUGCGCCACUCCUCCAUGGAGUUCGACCCGGGGAGGGUCAUGAUCACCGCCAUAUUCAUGGCAACAAAGAUAGAGGAGCACUACACCAGGGCGGCCGACAUAGCGGCGGCCUUUGAUGUGAGCGAGGACCUGGUGGUGAAGCAGGAGGUAGCGCUGCUGGAGGGCCUCAAUUUCGACCUUGUGGUUCACUCCCCCUACCGGGCGCUGCAGGGCUUCGUACAGGAGCUACGAGACGCCCGCACAUCCCCCCCUUCCUCCUCCGGCUCCCCUCCCCCACCUCCCCUCCCCACCGCCUCCUCCGCCGCCUCCCUUCCCCCCCCGGACGAGGCCCUCCUCUCCGCGCCCGAGCCCCUGGUGGCGGAGGCCUGCAGGGCUGCGUUUGGUGCGCUUGACGCGCUGAUGCUGAGUGACGCACCGCUGCUGUUCGGGCCGGCGCAGCUGGCGGCAGCGGCGUUGAGGAGCGGGUUCAAGACCAAGGGCAUUCGGAUACCCAACUUCCUCGCCCGAUUGGCGCUACGAGCGGCUGCAGCGGCGGCGGCAGAGGACGGCAGCAGCAGCGGACUGGAGGCGGAGCAGCAGCAGCUUCCAUCCGACCCCGCAGCGGCUCUGACCGCAGCCCUAGACGAGUUGGAUGCACUAGGAAGCGAGGGAGCGCGGAGAGUGGAGGUUGGCGAGGUGAAGGAGGCCAACGCAGUGGCUCGGGAGUGGCGC